CCAGCCUCCCUUCGCCGCCAAACCCCCCCUUCCUCCUACUCCUUCCCCGGUGGUGCGAGCAGGUGCGCCGGCCGGCGCGCGCUGUUUUCCGAGGACCGACCGCGACCGCGGGGAGGGGAGCAAUGCUGUGAGAUGAGAUGGUAGUGGCUCGCCGCCCCCAGAGGUGCAGGUGUAAAUGCAAUCCAAACAUCCGGCAUGAGCCCCCUCUCCGAGCUGGUCUGGUCUCCGGAUGAUGGUCUCAGCAUUAAAAUCGCAGCCUCCAGCCUAAGCACAAGAAAAGCCUCUCUUCGCUGGAAUGCGGAUACUCUGAACAUAGUCAUAUCUUCGCCUCAACCAAGUGGCGGCGGCGGUGCCAGUGCCAGGAAGAGUGGUGAUAACGUAGAUGCCUCAGUAAGGGAUGCUGGAGAAAUGCCGUCGCAGCUACGAACUUCCAGUGACAGUACAGUGAGAGUAUCCAUGGCUAGUCCAAAUAGAACACGAAACCUUGAUGCGCAACAAUCUACUUCUAUAAGAUCACAGGAACAAGAUUCAAAAUGCUGUGGAGGGAUCAAUUUGAUGAACGAAGAGAAAGAAUUGUCUGACAACUGCUCUGCAGAUAAGCCGAAUAAAGAGGAAGUGCGUACUUCUCCCACAAGAUACUGCAAGGACGCUUCUCACAGCGUGGCUUCCAAAAAUAGUGCCCUGCGUAGUAUUUCAGAAAAACAGAUCUACUGUGCAACCACUGUCCCUAAUGGAAGAUCCUGGGCAGAUAAUACCUGGCGUGCUCGAUUAGUAAAAGCAAUUAGUCAGAGGGACUAUGUUUUGCCGAACAAUGCAUUGAAUGCAGAGUCACCUUUUGGUAAUACCAGAAAGGUUCCAGUAAAGUUGUCAGGUUUUCUAGAUAACAAAAGUGAUAAUCACCAAGAUCAGGUGAUGCAGGAAAAACAUAAUGGUAAUCGCCAAGAUCAGGUUAUGCAGGAUAACCAUGAUGGUAAUCCCCAAGAUCAGGUUACACAGGGAAAUCAUAAGGAUGAGCCUAUUCUUGCUAGAUGUGAGUCAACAUCUGGUGUUAACCCUGUUUCAAAAUGUGACUCAGCAUCUGGUGUUAAUCCUGUCACAAGAUAUGAGUCUACAACGGAUGUUAAUCCUACAAAGCUUGAGAAGGGCAAAGAAAAGGUCAUGCACGACCAGAGCAAUUGUGUUAGCAAAACAAAGCAGGAUGAUGAUAGCAAUGAGAGUAUGGAGAGCUGCCCAAGUAUGAAAGCUCCAAAGAGAGAACAUGCACAAUACUCCACAUGCGAGAUGUCUUCUCGAAGUAAAAGAUUUAGAAGGGAAUACAAUGAGAGUUCUUGCUCAGGAUUGUUGCCUAGAAAUGGUAGCUCGUUCUUUAACUGGAUGUCAUCUCUGACUAAUGGAUCAACCAUGCUUGAUAGAGGCACUACUGUUGUUUCACUUGAUCAGAAGCUUUCAGAGGCUACAGGACAUGAACUAGCAGAACAUUCAAUGGAGCUUCAAAAAAACAUCAGAAUCCCUCUGCAGCCUGUUGGCUUCAAUUCUCUUUUUCAAUCUCUUUAUUGCCGUAAUGUUAUGACAGCUUCAAGAGAUACCAGUGAUCAGUCAGAAAUGGAUUGCAUUGAGCGCGAAGCUGACAGACUAGCACUGAAUCUAAAUGGUAGCAAUUCUAUGCUCGGCAAAAAGAUUAGUAUGGGCAGAGGAACUGUUGAUGUGGCUAUUGAGGAUUUAGCUGCUGACAGCCUUCAAGAGGAUUCAGGUGGUGGUAAUGGCAAUUUUAGAGAUCAAACUGGAGUUCUCCCUUUGAGAGCCGGAAGAAACUUCAAGAUACCCAACGCCAGCAAGUCGUGUUCUAGAACUGUCAUAGAAAAACAAAAUGAGUGCCAUGCCAGCUCUUUGAAUGCUGCAACGGGUAUUAAUGGUGGAUUCACUGAAAGCUUGUGGGUAAGUCGUCUUUUGCCAAAAACCUCAAUGAAACUGAUGGAUGCAACACCCUGCAAUGUAAACAGUGAUUUGUGUGCUGUCAGUCCAAAGGGUGCAGGUGAUAAGUUGUAUCCUUCAUCUCAGCAGAAGUUUAAUGUGGAGAAAGAAUUCUACAAUUCACAAUACUUUACUAGCACAGGAAGUGACAAUGGGACAACAAGCAGCAAAUGUCCAGUGAUUCCUCAAGAAGAGCAUAAGCAGUCAGAAACUAUGGCUUCCAUUCUCGCAAAGAGAUUGGAUGCACUCAGACAUGCAAAGACCUCAGCAGUAAGGUUAGCUAUCUCAUGUGAUUACGAAAUAUCUGAAGAGCGUAAUCAGAGAAAGAGUCCUUUUGUUAAUUACAGCAGCCAUGAUGGACUAGAGGCAGGACAAGAAACUCAAAAAUCUUCUAGUGGACAUGGACGGCUAGUUUUAUGGGUAGGUGACAAAGGUAAGGAGCAAUUAUGUCCUGGCAGUGACGAGGAAUCAAGAGGAAACAUGUUAUCUCGAGGUGAAGGUCAGCAUUGUGGAGGGAGCAUCGCUGGAAAGACUGUAGCUCCUCAUGAUAAUUUAGAAGCAAACACAUCUGCUGAAUAUAAUGAUGGAAAAGGAUUAAAAAAUAAGGAAGUGGGUUCAGAUUCCAUGGAGAGUCUGCGACAAAACAAACAAAUUGUACCCUAUGGUAUUAUCUCCAGUGAUGUAUGUGAUCAAUCAAGUAUUAUUUUUGGAGCCUUGCAGAGGCUUCGUUUGUCUCGAUCAGAUAUCAUCAGAUGGUUCACGUCACCAAUAAUGCACACUACCUUAGAUGGCUUUUUCUUGCGUCUACGAUUUGGUAAAUGGGAAGAAGCAUUGGGUGGCACAGGAUACCAUGUCGCACGCAUAAAUGGAGCAUUGGAUAGGAACCGCCUCUCUGUAACAAUCAGGAACUCAACUUGCCAAGUAGAUUCUCGCUUUGUAUCCAACCAUGAAUUCCAUGAGGAUGAGCUGAAGGCAUGGUGGUCUGCUGCCAUGAAGGGUGGCUGGAAACUACCAUCAAAAGAGGAACUUAGCAAGAAGUUAAGAGAAAGAGAACUAUUUCGUUUUCAAAAUUGAUCGAAUCAGCAUGACAACCCUUGAUGGCAGUACCAUAAUCUGGAGAUUUCUGUCUCGGCAGUCAUUUUAUCUGGAAUUUCCAGUGAUGCAAAGAAUUACAGUUAGUCAGGCUACAAUGCUAUUCUUGCCAUUCUCAGAAGUAGCAAUAGCCCAGUGGUAGGAUCGCAGUGGCAUUUGGUAUCUCACCCGGGUGGGCUGCACUUUAAGAUCAUGGGCUCUCAGCCGGUGAACUAGAUGUUAAUUUUUGACCAUCCUUGGUGCAGUGAUAGAUUCACAGUGGUAUAUUGAGAGAAUGAUCAGCUUGUACUAGUAUAUGAUGCUAUUUUACGAUGGGAUAGGUUAUUGUGUGGAGAUCCUAUUUGUAAAUAGGAAGCUACUACCAGGACAGUGCAACACUGUACGAUGUUAACUAUAACUUAGAAUACGAUGAAUGUUCAGUGCUUGUGGGUGUCCUUUUCUCUAA